GAACUCACAAACUAGCUAUGAUAAACAGAUGAUUGUUUACAAUUUGCGUAUCCCGGGCAGUGUGUCAAAUUGUUUCAGGCGGGAAAGUACGACGGAAAAGAGUGAAAUGUUGUGAAAUGUGAAACGUUUGUGUAAUCUUUGUGCAUAAAUAAGCCAAAAUGAGCAGUAAAACGACUAUCAAUAUUAAGAACAAAUUCGAUCGAGUGGUAGUGCUGGUCGAUAUGGAUUGUUUCUAUUGUCAGGUGGAGGAAAAAUUGACACCAGCCAUCCGGGGAAAGCCAAUAGCGGUGGUACAGUACAAUCCCUGGCAGGGUGGAGGAAUUAUUGCUGUAAAUUAUCCUGCCCGAGCAGAAGGUGUUACACGCCACAUGCGUGGGGAUGAAGCGAAGCAACACUGUCCGGAUAUUGAGCUUCCGCAAGUUCCACAGGUCCGUGGUAAAGCCGAUUUGACACGGUACCGUGAGGCAGGCAAGGAGGUGGCAGAUGUUUUGAAAAGCUUUACACCAUUGCUGGAGCGAGCUAGCAUCGAUGAGGCUUAUCUCGAUAUAACCGAGCGUGUGCUUAGCAGAAUACGCGAGAUGAAUGAGGGAAAAUUUCAGUUACUGCCCGAAAAGCUUGCAAAUACGUUCGCAGUCGGGUAUGAAAAUAUUGGUGAAUUUGUGAAGAAACUUUCCAACACAUUCGACGCUGGGUCGGCGGAGAGCAAUGCAACGGAUAGGCUGGAGUAUAAGAAAAGUGACAUCAAGCUGCUGGUCGGUGCCUCGAUUGUGAAUGAGAUACGUGCGGCUGUCAAGGAGAAGACGGGCUACGAAUGUUCGGCUGGUAUUGCGCACAACAAAAUCCUUGCUAAACUAACGGCCGGCUUUCACAAGCCGAACAAACAGACCAUUCUACCGAUCGAUAGCAUUACGAAACUGUACGAAACACUGCCACUGAAAAAGGUGAAAGGUUUGGGUGGCAAGCUAGGCGAUCAGGUGUGUGAGGUGCUCAAGAUACGGUUCAUGUCCGAAUUGGUUCAGUUCCCGGAGAGUGUGCUGCAGCACCAUUUCGAGGAGCGAAUGGGCAGCUGGAUGUAUUUGAUGGCGCGCGGUAUCGAUCUCGAGGCAGUAACUGCCAAAUUUCAUUCGAAAAGCAUAGGCUGUUGUAAACGAUUUCCCGGCAAAAAUGCAAUUACGGGGCUGGCAACGCUUAAUCACUGGUUGAACGAACUCGCGUCCGAAGUGACGGAACGGCUGGAAAAAGAUAUGGACGAAAACAAUCGUACGGCGAAGCAGCUAACGGUGAGCUACAGUCAGCAGAUCGAUAAUGUGGACGUGUCCAGCACGAGAAGCAUUCCGUUGGUAGCGUACGAUAAGGAGCGCAUUGCCGUCGAUGCACUGGAGGCGAUCAAACGGAACACGGAGCGAUUUUUUAAACCCAACUCAACAACGGCCUUACAUAAUGCGGUUAAAUUUUUGGGCAUAAGUGCCGGGAAAUUUGAACCGAAUGGCAAUGGGAAAGGUGGCGGAAUAAAGCAAAUGUUUCAAAGCUACUCGUCGAAAACGGGCAAUGCCGAUGGAGGGCCCAGCGAAACGGAACGACGUACGAGUGUUUCGGAACCACUAGCGACUACUGAUCCUCCCAAAACGGAAGCAUCGCAUGAAGAGACACAACAUAUUGAUAAAGCAAAAGAAGAGCCAACUGGGGUCGGUGAAAAUAGUAGCAAGCCGAGAGGGAAUAUAAAACAUUUCCUGCAACAUCAAGCAUCGCUGGCAUCUUCUUCUACCAGUGAUCGUAAAGAAAGCGAAGCUGAGAACAGCAAAUCAAAACCAUUAGAAGCUUCCAGUACGUGUGGAGAAUUAAAUGAAGUGGAAACUAAACCGAAGAAAGGUAUAAAACAGUUCCUACAACCAAAAAGUGCCAUAUAUAAAGGGUCUGUAACUGUAAAAGAGCCUACAGAAGAAAAGGGAGAUGAUACGAAAGAAACAAUCGCCAGUUUAUGCGAAGAAAAUCAACGAGAAGCUUUGAACAUCGAUCAAGAUUCCGAUUUAUCUGAGCAAAAAACUAGACAAGACGAUAAACCGGAAGAGAUCGCAUCACAUUCCCGAUCGUCGUGUGAGAAAACAAACGCAACCGUUUCAGCUAUUGAAGCAUUGGACAAAUCUUCUGAUUACAAAGCAACUUACGCAGAAUAUUUCUAUGCUGCCGUUCCGGAACCACCAGCGUCCGUAACGGUGGAGUGUCCUCAGUGCAGGAAACAGAUCCCGGAGUAUGAAUAUCAAUCUCAUCAGGACUUUCAUUUUGCUCUCUCGUUAAGCCAACAGCAGCGAGAUGAAUUCCGCAAUGAUUUAAAAUCGAAAAUAGCAUCCAAAUCACCGCUUCCUAGCAAACGAUCAUCGAAAGCAGUCACAUCCUCGACUGCGGAAAAGACAAGUUCCGGCAGCAGUAGCAGCAGCAGCAGUGCAUCAUCAUCAACUUCAACAAAUUUAUCGAUCGCACGUUUUCUAUCAAAAGUUUCUCCGGAAUCGACACGUCCCAGUAGCACAGAUAUGGCCACUAGUAGCACUAGUGAAAAAGAACAGCCAGAAGACCAUUUUAAAUGCACUGAAUGUGGUAAGCUGAUAAAGGUGGAGUCUAUGGCCGAACACAACGAUUACCAUGUGGCAAAGCGGUUACAGCAGGAACUGAACCGACUCGAACCACCAUCACAGCCGAUUGUAAAUAAACCUCUUCUAGCCGUGGGAGUGAGUAAUACUCCGGGCAGCGGAAUUUCCAGCUCAAAACGAAAGCGUCCUUCCAUUGCAGGGGAAGAGGCAGUGUCACCGGUGAAGCAAAAGCUAAAACCUGUAUCAUCUUACUUUACCAAAUUGUAAAAAGUACAAUAUACUUACUGAAGCAAUAACAUCUGUUUUUUCGUUAAA